GGGGGCGAGGCGCUUGGCGGUUGUGUGCAGAUCGGCGCUGUCGCGUCGUGUCGCCCUUCGGGGGCGGGGGCACCCUCACAGGCUUUGCGCGCUGCUCGCCGGCAGGCGGAGGCAGAGAGCUCAUCCUGUGCCGGCUUCUCUCACUUGUCUGCGGCUCAGUUCUCCUGCCAGAGCAGCAGACUUUGGGGUGGCAUUCCCUGAACCCCUCCAGAGUGUGCCUGGAGUGAGUCGCUGGGCCACGUGGUGACACCCCGUACCUUCGGAGGAACCGCCGACGUCCAGAGUGGCUGCUCCGGCUCACGUUCCCGCCGACACACCGCGUCCUUCCUGCACCUGCACGCGGUGUCCCUUUGGUCGUGGCCCUUCCGCGGUCACGAAGCGGGAUCCUGCGGAGCUCGCCACUGCCUCCCUCUCCCCCGACGUCAGCAUCUUUCACAUACUCGUCGCCAUUUGCGCACCUCUGGGGAGGUGUCCGUUCAGGCCCUCCGCCCGCUUCGGGGUGGGGCUCCUUGCUGUCCGCGUGUCGUUGUCGUGAGAGCCGUCUGCGUAGUCUGGACGCGAGACACACGUGACUCGCGAUGUCUUUCCGUUUCCGUUAACUUUUCACUUUGUCAGUAACGUCCUUUGAAGCACAGAAGCAUUUUAUUUUGACGGAGUCGUUUAUUUUCUGUCUCGUUGCUUGUGCUCUCGGUGUCUCAGCUCGGGAAUCGCGUGCAGUCCAGGGUAACGGGUUUACCCCUGCGUUUUCUGAGACGUUCAGCUCUUACGUUUAAGGUCUUUGAUCGGUUUUGAGUUCAUUUUUGCAUAUGGCGUGAGAUAGGUGUACGACUUUAUUCUUUUGUGUGUGGCUAUCCAGUUCUUGCAGUUUGUCGAAAACACUGUUCAUUCCCCAUGGAAUUGUUCUGUCACAUUUGUGAAAACUCAGUUGGUUGUAAAUGUGUGCGUUUUUUUUUUUUUUUGGAUUCUCGAUUCUGUUCUUUUGUUUUAAAUGUUCAGCUUUAUGUCAGCACCACGCUGUUUUGAUGACGGUAGCUUUGUAGUGACUUCAAAAUUAGGAAUUCUCUUGCGAUUUCCUUUUGAGAUUGUCUUGGCUGUUCUGGGUCCCUCGAGCUUUCUUGAUUUCUGGAAUCUGUCGGUGUCUGCACGGAAGGGUCUGAUGGCCUGCGGUGUCUGCAUCAGCCGGGGGAGCUGGCAUCCGACGCAUGAGCCUUCUGAGCCGUUAGUGGAGGCUGUCUUUCCACCUGCUUAGAAAUUCUUCAGUUUCUUUCAACACAUUUUGUGCUUUUUCAACAUUUGAACUGUUUUUACUGAAUUUAACCCCAAGUAUUUCAUUCUUUUUGAUGCUCUCUGUAUAUGGAGUUGUGUUCUUAAUUUCCUGUUUGGUUUAAUUGCUAGUAUUUAGUAAUGAAAUAGGUUUUACAUGUUGCUCUUGUGAUCUGUUACCUUGCUGAACUCGUUUAUUAGUUCACAUUUUUACUGGAUUUUUUAGUGUCUUCUAUGUCCAUGAUUAUGUCAUCUGCCAGAAGAAAUAGCUUCGUUUCUUCCUGUCCAGUUGGGAUGCCUUUAUUUCAUUUUCUUGCCCUGACGAGAACGUCCAGUGCCACCAUGCAGAGCUGUGGCGAGAGUGUGUGUCCUGUCAUGUCACCAUUAAGGGGUGUUGGUAGAUGCUUUUUUGAGCAAGUUCCACUUUUUUCCUAGUUUUUUGGCUUUGUAAAGAAAUUUGGGGUAUCGUAUACCACAAAAUAUCCCCAUUUCAAGUGCUCCGUUCAGUUGUUCAGUGGUAUGUUCACAAAGUCUAGUUCCAGGGCAUUUGCAUCACCCAAAAGGAAACCCCGUCCCCACCAGCAGUCACCCCCACCCCUCCCCAGCCCCUGGCACCACUCGCCCACUUCCUGUCUGUGGACGUGCUUGUUCUGGACGUGUCACAUAAAUGGGGUCACACUGCGUGGCCUGUGUGUCUGGCGUCGCUCAUCGAGCGUUGUGUGUUCAGGGUCCGUCCACGUAGUGGUGAGUGCCAGCGCCUCCCCCACUGUCAUAGCUGAAUGACACUGCCCGGUGUGGACGGGCGUGCUGUGUGUGUCCUUCACCCGCAGAUGGACGCGCGAGUUGUUUUACCUUUCGGCUGCGUGAGUCUGCUGCCGUGAGCAUGCGUGGUCGGCGUGGGUGUGUGUUUCCAGUUCUCUUGGGGUCGUACCCUGGAGUAGAGUUAAAUGCUGGUCAUUCGGUGACUCUUUACUUUUGGAGGAGAUGCCCGAUUUCCCCAAAGCCGCUAUGUGCCUUCUGAAGAUUCAAGUUCCUGGAGCCUGGGACCCUUGUCCCCAUGGACUGCUGUGUCUGGCACAGGCGGCGGUGAAUGCUGCUGGGUAUGUGCAGCAGGGCCGUGUGUGGACCAGGUCACCUAGUCCCUGUGUCCUGGGCAGGCGACAACCGCUGCUGGCUCCUGACUGUGCCAGGCUCAUCACAGCCCCCGUGGGUGCUGUUUCCCUCCUCAGAGGCCUCCUCACUGGAGGGGCAGAGCCCUCGCGUGGCCCCCCGCCUCAGCCCCGGCCUGUGCACCAGGGAGCCCGGCUUGCCGACAGCAGCAGGGGUGUCCAUGGCCUCUGCAGACCAGCAGUUCAGCCUCGCGGAGAUCCUGUCGCAAACCUACGGCGUCCGGGAGGAGUGCGAGGAGGCCGUGAGGCGCCCAGAGCAGCGGGAGGAGGGGCCGGACAAGGACUUCGUCUCCCAGAGCAGUGACAUGCCCCUGGACGAGCUGCUCGCCCUCUACGGCUAUGAGGCGUCAGACCCCAUCUCGGAGCGGGACAGUGAGGGCAGCGACACCACGGCCCACCUCCCGGACAUGACUCUGGACAAGGAACAAAUAGCGAAGGAUUUGCUUUCAGGGGAAGAAGAGGAAGAGACACAGUCCUUGGCUGACGAUCUCACCCCGUCCGUGACCUCCCACGCAGCCUCUGACCUUUUCCGGACCCAGAGCGCGUCCCGCUUCCUGCCUGGCACAGACAAGGAGCUGUCUGACACCGAGGAGGACCCUCUUCCUGCCAACAAGUGUAAGAAGGAGAUCAUGGUAGGACCUCAGUUCCAAGCUGACCUCAGCAACUUGCACAUGAGCCGCCAUUGUGAGAAGUUGUACGAGAACGAAGACCAGCUGCUCUGGGACCCCAAUGUCCUCCCGGAGAGGGAGGUGGAGGAGUUCCUGUAUCGCGCGGUCACGCGGCGGUGGCAUGAGAUGCCCGGCUCGCAGCUCCCGGCGGGGGAGACGGUGAAGGACAGUGAGCAGGCACUGUACGAGCUGGUGAAGUGCAGCUUCAACGCGGAGGAGGCCCUGCGGAGGCUGAGGUUCAACGUGAAGGUCAUCCGAGACGGGCUCUGUGCAUGGAGCGAGGAGGAGCGCAGGCACUUCGAGCACGGCUUCCGCGUGCACGGGAAGAACUUCCACCUGAUCCAGGCCAACAAGGUGCGCACGCGGUCUGUGGGCGAGUGUGUGGAGUACUACUACCUGUGGAAGAAGUCCGAGCGCUACGACUGUUUCUCGCAGCAGACGCGGCUGGGCCGCCGGAAGUACGGCCCGGCAGGACCCACGGACACGGACCAGGACCUGGAUGGCAGUGACCAUGAUGGCCCCGGCCGCCCCCGCUCCUCGCCACCCCUGCCCCCUGCCGCUGAUGGCCUGGAUCCUGAAGAGGAUCCCCUGUCACGCAUGCACACAGAGCCGCUGAGCGAGGAUGGCGCGGCGGGCAGUCUCGCUGAGCCUGAGGACGGCGCCGAUGGCCUCCCGUGCUCGGAGCCAGGGCCCUGUCCGUUCCAGCCACUGGACACGCCCCCGGCUGUGCCCCUGCCCCGACGGCCCCCAGCCCUGGCCGAGCCGCCCUCCUGCCCCCCUGCUGCAGCUGCUCCGGAACUCAGUGCCAGCCCCAGACUGGCCGUGGACUUGGCCCUGCCCGGGGCCCUCCCCGCAGAGCUGGCCCUCACCUCCAGCCAUGCGGCUCUGGAUGGAGAGCCGGAGGAGGCCGUGGCCCCGGCCCAGGUGGCCCUGUCAGUCACUGAGUUUGGACUCCUCGGCAUCGGGGACGUGAACCCUUUCCUGGCGGCCCACCCAGCGUGCCCAGCUCCUGGGCUGCACUCGGAGCCCCUGUCACAGUAAUACAUUCAUAUGGUUCAAAAUCCACAAAGCUGCAACGUGAUGACCUGUUGAUCCCUGGCCACAGGCGGGCACGUGUGGCCCCGACUGGACUUGGGGCCACUGUGGGGCCUGCCUGUCAGUCUUCCCGACCUUCCUCCUCGUGGGCCUCAGGUGACACCGUCUGCUUCGGAGCUCAAGGGCCGGGGUGAGCGGCGGCCGGGCCACGGGCCCUGACUCUUCCCACACAGGCCGCACCGCCACCGGCUCCAGCCUGCCGCCCGCACCGUGGGGCCGUCGGCAGCUGGGUGCCGCAGGCCAGCCCCGUCCAGCCAGCAGAGGCGAGGAACGGCGUCCCUGCGUCAGGGAGACCAGAGACAGGGCAGGACACCGCCCCCACCAGCAGCCCCCGCCCCGGGCGCACCCCAGCACUCUGCUUGGCUCCCUGUCCCCACACCGGGCAGGACCGUGGGCUGCCCAGCCCAGGGGUCGAGGGGGCAGCUGCUACUCGGUGCCAAACCCUCCCGGGGCACAGCCAUAUACCUCGACGUCGGCCCCGCCCCCUCGCCCGUCUGUCCACUUCAGGAAGAGCCGCACUUUACGCCCCCCGCCCCACACCGGGGCCCUCAGCAGCCUCGGGCAUGGGCUCCGGGGGACAGGCGACUGACGCCCCCUUGGUACGUGGCCCGUCACCUGCAGUGCCGAGGGGCCGGGUUCCAGCCCCUUCUCCCCCGCAGGUGGCUUUUCUGUUGAAGCCCCCCAACAAGAUGGUUUGGGGUCCUGGUCCUUCUACCCAGCCUCCCUCGUUCUAUUUAUGUUUCUGUUUACAAAUUGGAGUGGGGUCCUCCAGGGAGGCAGGGCAGCAGUGCUCCUCAGCCCCCGGGUGUCACCAGGAGAGGUUGGCUCGAGCCCAUCUGCAGAGUUGGACUCGACUUUCCCUGUCACCCCACCAAGGACCGCACUGUGAAGUGAUAACUGCCUUGAACCCCUUUGCUGUUUUAUUUAUUAAACUUGAUUUGAAGCCCC